GCACAAUGCACAAUGAUGUAAAUAGAGAAUUGGGAAAUGCGGAAUCUGUUGUUUCAAAAAUAUGUAUCUAAGUAUUCGGUGAUUUGGCGUGAUCGUGGAGUCAUUCAAUCGAACAAUGUGCAAAGUUGUAAAUAUACUUACGUCAUAAGAAAGAAUAUUAUUCAAUCGUAGAAUUCGAACUGCGUAUAUUUUUGUACAAAAUGUUAACCUCAAAAGUCGGAUUAAAACACUUCCGAAGAAUUUUCUGUCCGAGAAAAUUGGUGGAAAAUGACAUUAGAAAAUUGAGUAAUAAUAAACCAGCGGUGAUACUUGGAAUAGAAACAAGCUGUGACGAUACAGGUUGUGCAGUUGUUGAUAGCAAUGGAACGAUACUUGGAGAAGCUUUGCAUUCUCAGCAUUGCGUUCACCUUAAUAACGGUGGAAUAAUACCGCCACUUGCCCAAGAAUUACAUAGGCAGAAAAUUACCGAAGUCGUUGAAAAAACUCUGUCCUCCGCAAACUUGAGGUUAACAAAUGUCGAUGCCAUAGCUGCAACGGUCAAACCCGGUCUUAUUUCGUCUUUGAUAAUUGGUACUAAUUUUGGAAAGUACUUGUCCAAAGUUGGAAAUAAACCGUUCAUCCCUAUACAUCACAUGGAAGCACAUGCUCUGACUGCAAGAAUGAUUGAAAAAGUCGACUAUCCGUUUCUAGUCCUGUUGAUAUCCGGUGGUCACUGUUUACUGGCGAUAGCUCAAAGCGUUGACAAGUUUUGUCUGCUCGGGUCAACGAUCGAUGACGCACCUGGUGAAGCGUUUGACAAAACUGCUCGAAGACUCAAGUUGCGAAAUAUUCCAGAAUUCUCUGAAUUGUCUGGAGGUGCGGCGAUAGAAUUGGCCGCUAGUCGAGCAACAGAUCCUGAACAGUUUAAAUUUGAGGUACCUAUGGUGCAUUGGGCGGACUGCAACUUCAGCUCAUCAGGGUUGAAAAAUGCUGCACUAAGACACGCCUUGAGACAAGAGAAAAUUCAUGGCGUAAUAGGAGAUGAACUAGUACCGGAUAUUUAUAAUUUGUGUGCUGGAUUCCAAUUAGCCAUGACGCGCCAUUUGUGCCACAGAACGCAACGCGCCAUGGAAUUUAUUGAGUUGGAAAAUCUCAUUCCAGAAAACAACCGAACUUUGGUAGUAUCCGGUGGGGCAGCCUGCAACAAUUUCAUUGCUAACUGUCUUGAAACCGUUUCUUCCCAGAUGGGGUACAGAUUUGUCAGACCACCGCAUAAACUUUGUACAGAUAAUGGUAUUAUGAUUGCCUGGAAUGGAGUUGAGAGGUGGUUAGCUGACCGAGGUGUAUUGAGAGACAGAGAAGAGAUAGAAAAUGUCCAAGCGAUAGCGAGAACCAAGUUUGGUGAAGAUUGGAGAGAAAAGGUGGCGAACGCACACAUAAGAUGUCAGUGGGUGAAAUUAAAACUUCCUUACCCUAAAACAUGAAAUACUUGAAAUUAGGUAAUAAAAUACAUCUGAU